AUGUUUAAUAAAUAAUUAUAUAUGAUGAAUUCUCAUUUAUAAUUAAGUACAAAAUAUUGUACUGCUGUUUUCAUCAUGUCUGAUUACAACUUUGCAUAUUGAUUGGUGACUGAUUAUCGUACAUCACCUUUAAGAUCAAAAAUUGUAAUUUUUGGUCAUCUAAGUAAUUAAAAUUAGCUAAAUACUUGGUUUGGUUGAGGAAUGAUUAUCCAACUACUCAAAUGCAUUUCUGCUCUCUCAACUUUAUUAAUAAGUGGAGUUUUCUAAUGAAUGAUAGAUUUACCGAUAAGAAUUUAAUUAUUCUCUUACAACAAACAACAAACAAUAAACAAUAUAA